CUGCCGAGUGGAAGUAUCCCAGCAGAGGGACAGAAACAGGCACAAUAAGGACUAGGAAUGAGAGACAACUCAGGUUAUCAGAGCUUCUCAACGAAUUGCAAAAUGGUGCUCCGCUCAGGCCGUGAGAAGCCAUACAGAGUGCCUACUUGUGGAAGGCAAAGAGUGAGAAGGAGAUUUCCGGUGAGCGCCAGAUCAGCAGCUGCUGAAAACUCAGAGCUUCAACUGCGGAGAACACUGAGGUGCUAUAUACAGACCGAAGAUUCAAAAACUGUGCAUUUCAACUUAGAUGAAUGUGGUCGUCAUGAAAUAUCAACCAUGGAUUCACAACACCCUGCAGAUACAGCAUGGUUAAGCCUGUUCACAAGCAAGGAGCCAGCAGUUAGAGGAAAACCAAACUCUAAAAACGUGGUGGUCCUCAUGCAGCGAUUAAAGUGUAAUGAAUUUGUGCUGUUGAGCAAGGGUGAAAAUCAACUCUGCCUGAAGGUUUUAAAGGGAUGCUGUUCUGAGCCAGAUCACACUUCAGUGGAAAAAAGCAACAGGAAAACGUGCAAGAAGAGAGGUCUUGACUUCAAAAAGCUGAAGGAAGAUAAUCACUUUUUCAUCAUGCAUUCUGAAGGAGAUUCGGUGAAGUUCCAGUGCUAUGAAGACACAAAUUACUUUCUGCACGUGAAUGAUCACUCACUUGACAUACGCAAGCUGGAUCAUGAUGACCCUGACGGGGAGAGAAACUUUGUCUUCAAGAUAAUAAUAAAUAAAGCUCUGUGAUGAGAAAUCAGAUCAACACUUCAUGGAUAUUCAUCUUUCCCAGACUCUUACUUUGCACUUGCAAAACCUGUAAACUGACGUUUUCAGCUUCCAACUAAUCUGAACAAGUAACAGACAAGGAGAAAGCAUAUAUUACCUUUAUUUAGACAUAAAUACAAAACUAAUGCCAGUGAGUUCUUUUUAAAAAUAUAGCCUCCUUGCUUUACAGUGGGGAAAAAAAAAACAUAUUUAUCCAGUGUGUCUAACAUUUGAAUAUGAAAUAUAAUUACUACUUUGCAGUUUAUUUUCAAAAUGAGGCAGAUAUUCUUAAGCUUUUACUUUGCGGAUAUGAUAAUUAUUAAAAUACUAAUAUAAAUAUAUUAGUUUUGCUUUUCUGCACUUCAAAAGCUGUGCCUAAUAGAAAAUAAUGGGUUCUGUUUGAAGGAAAAUAAUUUAAUACAAGUGUUCUUCAUGUGUAGCUUCAUGGGCCUCUGGUACUUUGACCAUAUUUGUGACCUGUUAGAAUAAAAUUUGUAAAAGAACAUAACUUAAUAAUGUGAUUCUCAUGCUAGUUAAUCCAAGGGGGAGGAAAAAAAAUAUAAAGAAGUAGUGACCGCACCUGCCUAGGAUCUAUGUGCUAAUUAAUCCAGAGACUGGAUUUCUUUUUUCCUUGGAGAAGGGAAUGGUCACUCACAGUAGAAAAACACUGAAGGCUGGCAGAAAGAUCACUGCAUUGAAGUCUGCUUAGGAUCAACUGUUGUACUUUAAAGCAUGAGAUUGGUUCCCAACAUUGCUAGGCCUGAAAUACAUGGCUUCUAUGCACUGUGUUACAUACUACUUUCAUUAUGGACAGCCAUGGAUUAUGAACUAUAUAUCAAAAUCAGAAAUUGUUAGUCUAAUGAAUGUUUUUACAGUUGGAACAAAAGCUAAUGACCUAGCUUGAGUGCGGUUACAACAGUACUAAAACUUGUAAAACCUGUAAUUAAUUCAAAAUAACCAUUUUCUAU